AUGGAGGGUGGUGGUUGUGGCAGUAGUAGUAAUUCAUGUUUGAUGAGUUUUGGAGGAGAUAACAACAGUACUGGAAAUGGUUUCUCUUCUUCCAUGAUGAUGAUGAUGCCUCUCAUGUCUUCUCCUCCUAAUCCUGCUGAAACAAGUAAUCUCUUCCUUCCUUUACCUCCUACCAAUCGCAACCACCAUGGAAGUUCUAGUGGAACUUAUUUCAUGGAGAACCAGAGCGGCAGCAGCAGCAGCAGUGGUUGUUCUAUCAGAGCUAAGAUCAUGUCUCAUCCUCACUACCCUCGUCUCUUAGCUGCCUACGUCAACUGCCAAAAGGUAGGAGCACCACCUGAAGUGGUAGCAAAGUUAGAGGAAGCUUGUGCAUCUGAGGAGAUCAUGGCAAGACAUGGAAGAGGUUGUUUAGGUGAAGACCCAGCACUUGAUCAGUUCAUGGAAGCUUACUGUGAGAUGCUUACCAAAUAUGAACAAGAACUCACCAAACCCUUUAAAGAAGCUAUGAUGUUCCUUUCUAGCAUCGAAUGUCAAUUUAAGGCUCUCACUGUAUCUUCCUCUGCAGAUUCUGGUCGUGGUGUGGCUUCAGAUCAGAAUGGAUCAUCUGAAGAAGAGGCUGAUGCAAGUGAAAAUUUCAUUGAUCCUCAAGCAGAAGAUAAGGAGCUAAAGGGUCAGCUUUUGCGCAAGUACAGUGGAUAUCUUGGCAGUCUCAAGAAGGAGUUUUUGAAGAAAAGAAAGAAAGGGAAGCUACCAAAGGAAGCUAGACAGCAAUUGUUGGACUGGUGGAGCAGGCACUACAAAUGGCCUUACCCAUCGGAAUCACAGAAGCUGGCACUAGCAGAGUCAACGGGUCUAGAUCAGAAGCAGAUAAACAACUGGUUUAUCAAUCAAAGGAAACGCCACUGGAAACCUUCUGAAGAGAUGCAAUUUGUGGUGAUGGAUGCAACACAUCCCCCUUACUUCAUCGACAAUGUUAUCGGCAAUCCUUUUCCUAUGGAUUGCAUGCCAACUCUCCUCUAAAAAUGUUGAUUGCAGAUCUUACAACUGAUUUGGCUUAGCUAAUUAAAUAAA